UCCUGUCUCCGCUAGCUGUUUUGACGAUCUUAUCACCGACUCCAGCUUUCCCUGGUUACCCCUCAUCCUACGUCCACCGUGUACUUCUCGACCGCCCCGACCACAACAUCCUCCCGACCACCCCGUCAGCAUGGUCCCCGACGAUAUCCUCGACGGCUGUCUCCAGAUUCUCCAAGAUCAGGCUCUCGAUGAAGAAGAUCAGGCCGAGAAGGCCGAGGACUUUCUGCGCGAAAAGACCUCCUUAUCCGGCCCGUCCCUAGAGAAUGCCGUUCUCGACGUCCUCUGGCGCCAUCGAAAUCGCAAUCUCCCCGAUUCCUCCCCCCCUCCCGCUCGUCACACCGUUAUUCGUCGCUCCUCCCCCGCGCCAUGGCAGAUGGCGCGCUCGUCCACCCCGCUGUCCCCUCACUCGAAUCUGGGGACCAGUCCGGGCAGCACCUCCUGGUUCCCCGGUUCGCGAGGGGGCCUUUCGACACGACCUCCGAUGUCCUCCACGGUGUCACCCUUCACGUCACCGCGCCCGUCGCCCCGACUCGCUCUCGCUCAACCUAUCCCGCAUUCCCCCAAUCUGAACGCCUACGAGUUCUCCGAUCAGAGCCAAGUCUCGGAUUUCUACGGAGACUUCGGCAGCGAUAGCAAUAUCGAUUGGCUGGUGGCCGAUGAUGCCAAUAGCACAACAUCGUCGUUGGGAACCGCAAGCUUGAAUGCAAGCCUGAGCGCCACUGCGCCCGAGUUCGUGCCGGACAUGAGCCCUCAUGAUAUCCUGCGCACUGUCCUCGGCGACAAGAGAUCCAACGACGAGAUCGAGGCGGCUCUGGAGGCAAACAGCUACGAUCUCGGGGCCACAAUCGCGUCGCUCUCGCAAGGUACCGACGGGGAUAGCUUGUCCGUUCAUGCGGAUGAUGGCCGCGUGGUGGUUGGAAAGUCGAUGUCCAUGGAACCGCCAAAACCGCCGUCUUCUCCGAACCCCAAUCGCAGUCCGGUGGUCUGUAAAUAUUGGUUGUCGACCGGCCAAUGUCUCCGCGCGGACUGUCGGUUUAGCCAUGACCUGACCAAUCACCUCUGCAAGUACUGGGUGAUGGGCAAUUGUCUGGCUGGCGAUGGCUGCCCGUUUUCCCACGACCCCUCCUCGCUGGUCGCAAAUCUCAGCGUGAGCGACGGCACCCCCCAAACUCUGGGAGUCCCGUUCUACUCGGAAAAUACGCCGGAUGCUUUCCCUCCACUGCAGGGUGCAGCAGGUGGUGACCAAUGGGCGGGCCACUUUGUGGGUAAAUACCCGGCCCAUUUGGGUUUCAUGGGACACAAGAACGGUCCGCAAGGGAUGCCACUGGGGCCGGGGAAACGCAAUGGCAGCAUGCCGCACAUGUCCCGCCCUCACUCUCGGCCUGGCAGCCGACAUCAGCAUCGCGAGUUGAACCCGGCCGCACUCUCGGUGGACGACCCGGAUGCGUUUCCGACUCUGGCCGCCGGGAGUGCCAAGAAUAAGAAACACAAUAAACGCAACCCACACAAUCGAGAUAAUGGCUUCGCCAAAGAGAAUCUACCGACUUCUCUGGCUGACGUCGUGCGCAUGUCCCCGUCGCCGGCGGCCGGCAAAAAACCCUCAUCCAAACACAAGGAUGGAUCGAAGGGUCGCGAGAACAGCGCUGCUGCGCAGUCCAUUCCCGCUCCACAUAAUAUCCCCUGGCUAGAGACUGGUUCACGAGCCAACCAGCAAUACAUUAAAUAUCGUACGGAGGCCAUUCGCCACGGAACUGUAAGGAAUAAGUUCCUUCAGAGCGCUGCCCAAGCUUGGAAUCGAAACGAUGCCCGUGCAGCAAAGGCUCUGUCUCUGCGCGGUCAAGCCGAGAACGAAGCCAUGCGCAAGUGUCACCGAGAAGCGGCCCGGCAGUUGUACGAAGAGCGCAACAAGCAUCUCUUAAGCAUUGGCCUGGAGGAUUCUGCCGAAGAGCUCUACGUUGACCUGCACGGGUUGCACCCCGAAGAGGCGAUCGAAUAUCUGGAAAAGAUCCUCCUCAAACACGCCCGCGAAGGCCGCCGGGUCGUCUACGCCAUCACCGGCACCGGCCAUCAUUCCAAGAAUGGCAAAGACAAGAUUGGCAAGGCAGUGAAGGCAUGGUUGAACGAAUGGAAGUACCUCUUCCGGGAGUUCAGCGUGCCCGGCGAACGAGGUGGAUAUGUCGGGGGCAUUCUGGGAAUUGACCCCACCAGUUACGACAAAGCUCUUGCGCGGAGUCUGCAGGAGGAUGCUGACGGGGCCGCAGACGCGGAUGGUCCGAUCAACCAACAGGGUACGGGAAAGAUUCAACUCCUCAAGCGUGAAGACCUGGAAGUGAAGCAUCUGUAAACGGGGGGUCGAUACACGGGACCCGCUGCUUUUUGACUACGGUUUGUCUUUUCUUGUUUUACAAAGCGAUUAAGAUAUCCCUUUGUUUACACGUUCUCAUCUCAUACAUGGGUGGAAGGUGAUGGUAGAGUGAAAUCCUCACGAGAGUCGAGGAUGUCCACUUCCACGCGGAGGGAAUGAGAUCGAUAGACAGGACGUUGCGUUGCCCGUUUUGCUCCGAGCGUAACUCGAAAUGUUAUUUAGCGUGAUAUUUACUUUCUAUCUCUUCAUACCAUGUCAACCAUGGGAUUCGUGAUGAUCUAGGUAGUGAAGGAUAG